CAUGGAGGACAUUGCAAGGCCACAACUUCCCAAGCACCUCUCUAAUUGUGUGCCAUUUUAUCUCUCCUCACCGCGUAACAAAACAUUUCUCUCCAGCUACCAACUUAUAACAUGUCUUCUUUUGUUCUUGGGACUAGUUUCCUCCCUUUCUUACAUUCUCAUGAUAACCACUGCGGCUCCCCUACUAUUUCAAACAUCACCACCAAAAUCUCAGUCACCAUUCCACAUAGAAUAAACCAAGUCAUAGCUGCUGGAGGAGACAAUGUUUGUGAGGAGGUUGACAACACAGUGAAGAAAACCUACCAACCAAAUCAACCCUUGAGGAGAUCUCUGGAUUUCUCGGGAGAGAAGCCAUCAACGCCAGUUCUGGACACCGUUAAUUAUCCAAUCCACAUGAAAAAUCUAUCCAUUCAGGAACUUGAAGAGCUGGCGGAUGAACUCCGGGAAGAGAUUGUUUACACGGUNUCAAAGACCGGAGGGCAUUUAAGUUCAAGCUUAGGCGUGGCAGAGUUAACUGUGGCACUUCAUCAUGUAUUCAACACUCCCCAAGAUAAGAUCAUUUGGGACGUCGGUCAUCAGACCUAUGCUCAUAAGAUUUUAACGGGAAGGAGAUCCAAAAUGCACACAAUUAGACAAACUGGUGGACUUGCAGGAUUUCCCAAGAGGGAUGAGAGUGUCCAUGAUGCUUUUGGUGUUGGUCAUAGUUCCACUAGCAUUUCAGCUGGCUUAGGGAUGGCAGUGGCUAGAGACUUGAAUGGAAAGGAUAACCAUGUGAUUUCGGUGAUAGGUGACGGAGCCAUGACAGGUGGACAAGCUUACGAGGCAAUGAACAAUGCUGGCUUUCUUGAUACCAAUCUUAUUAUAAUAUUAAAUGAAAAUGAACAAGUUUCCCUUCCCACUGCCACCGUUGAUGGUCCAGCACCCCCAGUUGGAGCUCUUAGUAAAGCCCUCGAGAGGCUACACACCAGUCCCAAGUUCCAUCAACUACGUGAAGUGGCAAAGAGCACGAAGCAAAUUGAAAGCCAAGCACGUCAAUUUGCAUCUCAAUUGGAUUCCUACGUUAGAGGGAUGGUAGGUGGAGCCGGUGCUUGUUUAUUUGAAGAGCUUGGACUCUUCUACAUAGGCCCAGUAGACGGGCAUGACAUGGAAGACCUUGUACACAUCCUGAAAAGUGUCAAGGGCAUGCCAACACUUGGACCUGUUCUCAUUCAUGUAAUCACCGAGAAAGGGAAAGGUUANCAUCCAGCUGAAGUUGCUGCUGACAAGAUGCACGGUGUUGUGAAGUUUGAUCCCAAGUCAGGGAAGCAGUUGAAAUCCACGACUAGCACUCUGUCUUACACACAGUAUUUUGCCGAGUCUUUAAUAGCCGAAGCUGAAGUUGAUGAGAAAAUAGUUGCAAUCCAUGCUGCAAUGGGAGGGGGUACCGGGCUUAACCUGUUUCAAAAGCGUUUUCCAGGAAGAUGUUUCGAUGUUGGGAUAGCAGAACAACACGCCGUAACCUUNGCUGCUGGCCUAGCUGCCGAGGGCUGUAAACCCUUUUGCGCAAUUUACUCUACCUUCUUACAAAGAGGUUAUGAUCAGGUAGCACAUGAUGUGGAUCUUCAAAAGCUUCCCGUUAGAUUUGCGUUGGACAGAGCUGGGUUAGUUGGUGCCGAUGGUCCAACUCAUUGUGGAGCAUUUGACACAACAUUCAUGGCUUGUUUGCCAAACAUGGUGGUCAUGGCUCCGUCAGAUGAGACCGAACUNAUGCACAUGAUAGCCACUGCUGCGGCCAUAGAUGAUAGGCCCAGUUGCUUUAGAUACCCAAGAGGGAAUGGUGUAGGUUCCAUUCUUCCUCCCAACAAUAAGGGCACACCACUGGAGGUUGGCAAAGGAAGGGUGUUAAAGGAGGGAAGUAGAGUGGCUCUUGUUGGUUAUGGAACGAUNGUUCAGAGUUGCAUGGNAGCGGCUAAGGUUCUUGAAGCUCAUGGAAUCUCAACAACUGUGGUUGAUGCACGAUUUUGUAAGCCUCUGGAUGGAGAUUUGAUGAGGCAACUGGCCAGAGAGCAUGAGAUUCUNAUCACAGUGGAAGAGGGAUCUGUGGGAGGAUUUGGUUCUCAUGUUUCUCAUUUUCUGGGAUUAAAUGGUCUUCUUGAUGGUAAUCUGAAGUGGAGAGCGAUGACAUUGCCUGACAUGUAUAUAAACCAUGGAUCUCAGAAAGAUCAAAUUGCAAUGGCAGGACUGAGUUCAAACCACAUUGCAGCAACUGCUUUGUCAUUAACCAAUGUGAAUUGGGANAGUCGUUUGCUUCUCAGCCUACAGAUAUGAAUCCUAACACAAGUUG